AUGUCCCAGUCCCGGGAGACGGACGAAGAUACCGACAUGGCCAUUUCCUAUGCAAGCAGGGCGUCGGCCGGUCACCCGCCAACACUUCCAUCAUUCCGCGAGCUUCUCCCUCCCCACCUUCACGAUGAAAUUGAUUCCUCCUCAUAUCACACCCCGCGCCAGUCACAAGACCGCCCUUCAUCAAGGCAUGAGAUGGCCGAUCCCCAAUCCAUCCCAGGUUAUCCAACAAACGCCCCAUCCAAGAUGCCCUACGACGACCACCGCGAAUAUACCACCCGUACCGAACGUCCGAUGGGCGAGCCUACGUCUAUGCGGGGACCUAGUCCUAUUUUACCACCCAUCCGGGACCUACACUCGAUGCCCGAGCGCAAAGGAUAUCCAGACAGCCGUAUGGCUCCAAGAUCCGAUCCCUUCACACACGACUAUCGCGGGCAACCCAGCCCAGGACAUAUUCCAGACCGAAUGAAUGCAGAGUACUCACCCAUGAUGCAUGGCCAACCACCCGCACCCUAUGUGCAUCCGUCUAUGGCCUAUCCCAGCGACCCUGAACAAGGCUCCCCCAAUGUGAUGGCCCACCCGCAAGCCAAUUUUGGAAUUAUGGGCGAAACAAUCGACCCCAAGACAAAACGCCGCCGUGGCAACCUGCCGAAACCGGUCACCGAUAUCCUACGUGCCUGGUUCCACGAGCACCUGGACCACCCAUACCCCAGUGAAGAAGACAAGCAGAUGUUCAUGACACGGACAGGUCUGUCGAUUAGCCAGAUUAGCAAUUGGUUCAUUAAUGCGAGGCGGCGACAACUACCAGCCUUGCGCAACCAAAUGCGCACUGGUGGCGACGGGGACUCGUCACGUCAUUCUCCAUUCAGCGACAUCGAUCAGGGAUCGGAAAUUCCUUCGCCUCAUCAUUAA